CCCCAGACGUGACCUCUCUUGAGAACCGUUUUCUCUGAGGUUUGGGGCUAAAAGUAAGGUAGCCAGGAGGGGGUUUUCGUCUUCAAGUAGUUAAUACAGCAGAAGCUGCAAGGAAAGCACUAGGGAAGCGGAGCUAAAGCUGCGUUUCUUGAGAAGCACUGGGCAGUUCGGCAUGUUCCUGAUCACCGUCACUGUCAGGCCCCGUCAGGUCCCUUACGUGCGUGAUUAGCACGAGACGGGGUGAGAGGAACGGGGGUCCCGAGCGCGGGUCGCCCGUAAAGUCGGGCGGCUGCGCGCGGUGCGCCACGGGCGUGGAGCGUUGCCGCGCGCUGGUGGAAGUGUCAGUGCUCUAUUCACCAGCUCAACCGGUGAGUGGCUUAGACGAGCCAGCGCUGCGAGCCAGUGGGAACUGGGUGACAGUGCAACGCAGAGGAUUCAGAGGUCCUCUUGGGUUCUUGACCUUCGUUUCCCCAAGGGCUGGAAGCCUCCGGAGGAGGCUUUGCCGGCUUCGCUGCUCCACCUCGUUGCAGCCGUGUUUCCAGCAGGCGAGCUGCAGUGGCUGUUAGGAGGUAGUGCCCGUUAAGUGUGUUGGUUUUUCUGUGUCGUCUCGUUUUUGUCUGUUACGAUGCAGUGUCUUGCAGGGAUAGUUGUUUCUUCUUUUUGCGCUUUCUUGUGAAAAGUGCCGUGAAAUAAAAUGUGAGAAUGUUCUGGUUCUCUGUGUUCCUGAUACCACGAAGCCAUGUGAGGAAACUGCACCCCUAGUUUGGAAUCUUCUGAAGCACAGGGGUUAUUGCAGGCUAACGUGUCUUGCGAAGGUUUCCAGGUUCUAGAAGAGGCAGCUGUCUGCUGGGACUGGUGUUGGCGGGACCCGGACCCUGUGCGCCCAGGUACGCGGGGCUGGCGCUGCUGCGGCCCAGGCACGCUCUGAAGACAGACGUGUGGAGGGCGGCUCUUCUGACGCUGUGCGAUGUCCGUGUUCUCCUGCUGCCUUUGCUGUUAGUCUGGGGGAGAGGCAGAGCCGGGGGCUCAGAGAGAACCGUGUUCCUUUUAUGUCAGAGACCGUGCCGUCCGUCCUCAGAUGAUGGAGGGCCUCCCUUCCGGGUUGCUGUUGCCAAGCCUCAGUCUGAGCAAAAGACCAGAUCAGAAGCCCCGGUAAACGCAGGGUGUCUGCUGUCCCGCCGACCCAAGACGCUGAGCCGUGGCCGCGGGACGCCCCGUGGGGGCUGCAGCCGUGGGCCAGGCCCGAGUGCCAGCUGUGGACGGGGACCCUGCUGCUGGGCACGUGCCUGCUGUACUGCGCCCGCGUCAGCAUGCCCAUCUGCGCCGUCUCCAUGAGCCAGGACUUCGGCUGGAACAAGAAGGAGGCUGGCCUCGUGCUCAGCAGCUUCUUUUGGGGCUACUGCCUGACCCAGGUGGUGGGCGGCCACCUGGGGGACCGGAUCGGGGGUGAGAAGGUCAUCUUGCUGUCGGCCUCCGCCUGGGGCUUCAUCACCGCCGCCACCCCGCUGCUUGCCCACCUGGGCAGCGCCCACCUGGCCUUCAUGACCUUCUCGCGCAUCCUCACGGGCCUGCUGCAAGGGGUCUACUUCCCUGCGCUGACCAGCCUGCUGUCGCAGAAGGUGCGGGAGAGCGAGCGGGCCUUCACCUACAGCACCGUGGGGGCCGGCUCCCAGUUCGGGACGCUGCUGACGGGGGCCGCGGGCUCCCUGCUCCUGGACUGGUGCGGCUGGCAGAGCGUCUUCUAUUUCUCCGGCGGGCUCACCCUGCUGUGGGUGUGGUACGUGUACAGGUGCCUGUUGAGUGAGAAAGAUCUCCUCCUGGCCUUGGGCGUCCUGGCACAGGGCCUGCGGGUGACUAGGCACACCAAAGUGCCCUGGAGACGGCUCUUCUGGAAGUCUUCCGUCUGGGCAGCCAUCAUCUCCCAGCUCUCGGCGGCUUGUUCCUUCUUCAUCCUCCUCUCCUGGCUGCCGACCUUCUUUAAGGAGACCUUCCCCAACUCCAAGGGCUGGGUCUUCAACGUGGUGCCCUGGCUGGUGGCCAUUCCUGCUGGUCUGCUCAGCGGGCUUCUCUCUGACCGUCUCAUCAGUCAGGGUUACAGGACCAUUACCGUGCGGAAGUUCAUGCAGGUGAUGGGCCUCGGCCUGUCCGGUGUUUUCGUCCUGUGUUUGGGUCACACCUCGAGCUUUUGUAUGUCUGUGGUCUUUGCAUCGGCCUCCAUCGGCCUCCAGACCUUCAACCACAGUGGCAUUUCCGUCAACAUCCAGGAUCUGGCCCCAUCCUGUGCCGGCUUUCUGUUUGGUGUGGCCAACACAGCUGGGGCCUUAGCAGGUGAGAGGUGGGCCAGGGCUCCCUGCCUGCAGGUUUCAAGCCCAGAGUUCCCUGGGGGGCCGCCUGGCUGCCCCACUUCAUGUCCUCCCACCCGCUCCGGCUGCUUCAGCCUUGCAGGGUGUCGUGGGCGUGUGCCUGGGCGGCUACCUCAUCGAGACCACGGGCUCCUGGACGUCUGUGUUCAACCUGGUGGCCGCCAUCAGCAGCCUGGGGCUGUGCACCUUCCUGGUGUUCGGGAAGGCCCAGCGGGUGGACCUGAGCCCCAUCCAUGAGGACCUCUAGCUGCCCUGGCCCAUCGUCCCCUGAGGACCCGGCGCCACCAGCCUUGGGGAGCAGAGCCAGUUUAAGAGCCUCUUGCUCCUGGUGUAUGAGCCUCGGAGUGAGCCUCGGAGUGAGCCUCGGUCAGGCGGGAGGGUGGGGCCGUCGCUGGCCCUGGGCCGCCCGGGUGGGGCCUGGUUCCUUGCCCGUGGGGGACUGCACCCCCCUCUCAGGGUUGGUGGGACUGCGGGGUGUUUAGCAGCACCCCCGGCUCCCACCCACUAGACGAGCCUCCAGUCAUGACAGCCAACAGUGUCUCCUGACGUCACCAAGUGUCCCCAGGGACCGGCCCCCGGUGGGAACCACAGCUCCCGAGGAAGGCCAUGGAGGGUGGGGAGGCAUUUCUGCUUCUCCAAACGGUCAGGCUGAGGCCCCCAGUUCAACGGGUUGUGAGGUCUUGAGCCUUUGCCCAUCCUUGGCGACCCCACCCCCGGUGACCCCCUCCCGUGAAUCCCUGGGCCCUGGCCAUUCAUUCUGCUUCCCUGGUGCCUCCGGCCCUGAGGGGAGGGUGGGCACCCCUCCGGGCCAGGACGCACCCCGGAGCCCGGGCAGAGCCACCUUUCCGCACUGUCUCUCACCCUUCCUGUUCACGGUAGAGAAGCUGUCGUCUCGUGAAUUAAUAAUAGAUUUUGCCAGAUGUUUACGUAGACAAAAGAAACUAUGGGAAUGUGGAAAAUUACACCAGAGCCUCAUUUAAAUGCUGACUAUUAAAGUAUUUAAAGAGAC